ACAAAUUCCAAAAUAUCUAACUCGUCAUCCGCUUUCAGUUUCCAAAUCUGUAACUGCACCGUCGAGGCGUCGCAUCGCAAGUUGAGCUCACUAUGCAGGCUCUAACGUCCCUCGAAAGAUCUGCACCGUCAAUCUUCCGACUCUCCUCAAUACAACGGUUUCAGUCCCGCCAAGUCUCCAACUCCCCGUCGCUUCCAUCUUCGUCGUUGACUUCAAUCAAUGACGCCGAUAAGCAACAGAACACCGGUUUUGGUACUUUCACGAGAUGGUUUUCGGGGAUCGGAGUCAUAUCUGGUCUUGGAUUGCUAUAUUGGUCAAAUACUGACUCUCCUUCCGAUUUUGGAUUUGGAUAUGUUAAGAAUUCGGUGAUAAUCAAUACUCGGAAACUUUCGCUUCCUGAAAGUAGCUCAAGCUUUCUCUUCGGAGAUGAUUAUAGGAGAAAUAUUUUCUUUAAAUAUGAGAAGCGUAUAAGGUUGCGGAGCCCGCCUGAGAAGGUUUUUGAAUACUUUGCAUCUUUUCAAACAUCAGAAGGAAAACUACUUAUGAAACCAGCAGAUUUGAUGCGAGCUGUUGUUCCUGUUUUUCCACCAUCUGAAUCACACCUUGUUAGGGAUGGAUAUUUAAGUGGCGAAAGGAGGCCUGGCGAGUUAAGAUGUCCACCUUCAGAAUUUUUUAUGCUAUUUGACGUCAACUGUGAUGGACUUAUAUCUUUCCAAGAGUAUAUCUUCUUCGUGACUAUACUCAGCAUCCCAGAGUCAAGUUUUUCCGUGGCUUUCAAAAUGUUCGACAUCAACAAUAAUGGGGAAAUAAGCAAGGAAGAAUUCAAGAAAGUGAUGGCUUUGAUGCGAUCUCAUAACAGACAAGGGGCUUUUUACAGGGAUGGUCCUAGAACUAGGUUAAAGUUUGAAGGUUCUGUGGAGAAUGGGGGUUUGAUGGAGUACUUCUUUGGCAAGGAUGGAAAGUCUUGCCUUAAGCAUGAUAAUUUUGUUCAGUUUCUGAGGAAGUUGCAAGAUGAAAUUAUGAUAUUGGAAUUCUCACACUAUGACUACAAGCGACAAGGGACCAUAUCAGCUAAAGAUUUUGCAUUAUCCAUGGUAACCUCUGCUGAUAUGAGCCACUUAGACCGUUUGCUUAACCGAGUUGAUGAGUUGAAUAAUAAGCCUCGUCUUAGGGAUAUACGCAUUACACUAGAUGAAUUCAGGAGUUUUGCGGAGCUACGUAAAACGUUGCAACCAUUAUCCUUGGCUCUUUUCAGUUAUGGGAAAGUCAAUGGCCUGCUAACUAGGAUGGACUUUCAGCGAGCUGCAUCCCACGUGUGCGGCAUAUCACUUACUGACAAUGUGGUUGAUAUUAUUUUCCACGUCUUCGACUCAAAUUGCGAUGGAAAUAUAAGCUUAAAGGAGUUUGUAAGAGUUCUACACAAACGUGAAAGGGAUAUUACUCGGACUGUAGACUCGGGAGUCAUGGGACAUCUAUCCUUCCGCUAGAGUUAUGCACGUGACUGCUCCAUCAUAAAGUUGCUUUUGUAAUCCACAUUGUGAUGCUACCCUGAAAGAAUGCUUCUUCCAUCUCUGGGUACUCCAACUAGUCAAAUUCAGCAGUUGAGUUGCCUUGCAAUUUGGAAGAGACGGAAGGUUUGGACUCCGCAGCUUUUGGCUGAACCAGAACAAGUGUCUUGUCCGUAGCAUGUUAAUAGCUCUUUUCAGUUGAGUUCAGUCUUGAGAUUUACACUAUCUACUUCAGGAGAAUCCGAAUCUGUGGCAGAGUCUAACAACACACUACUUUAUCAAAGUGAAUUGCAGGGGAGGGUGCGGUGGCUGAUAUUGCACAAGUUAAGGCACUAACAGGAGGAUCAUCCGAAUUGCGGUUGUUAUGCAGCUUGUGGUCGAUAUAUGCCUCUUGUGGGCAUCAGUCUGUUAGAUUUUUGUUCUCUUUCAUACCCUUCUCCUGUAUUCAUUAGAGGAUGUCUUCCGUUAUUGUUCUGAAAGUUGUAUAGGUUGACUGUGGAUGGACUAGUCGUCUUGUAGAUUUGUUGCCCAUAAUGUGUCAUGUUCAUCUGUCGGCCAUUACUUGGUGAGUUGUUUUAGGUUAAGUUACCUUAAUAGAUUAAGGAAACAUACGGUUGUUGCACCUAUGCUUGGUAGAUUACGGGGUGCAAGCUAUCAACCAAGCCAUACGGUUCUUCUUGGAUCCA